AUGGCAGCUGCAGCCCCACGCGAGCGACGCGCACAGGGUGACCUGCCAUGGAUGCGCUGGCUACGAAGGCGCCAGGGGCCGCCUUCGGGUAGCUCCCGAGGGGGCUCGGCUUCUGAGGAGGAUGUAACCUUGCGACGUCAGCAGCAAAGCCAGCUCGAUGAUUCCGAGGAACGACUGCUUUCGCUGCUGGCCGCCUUCCACCAGCAAGUGGUUGCAGAGCAACAGCAAGCCGAGCAUCUGAAUUGCCUGGCGCAUCGUCGAGCAGAAGGCCGCUUCGGAGAGAUCGAGGAGCAGCAGCGCCGAACAGAAGCGCGGCUGCUGGAGAUGUCGAGAGGCUUGAGAAGCCUGGGGGAUGAGUGUCAAACGCUAAAUGGCCGCUGCGGGAUUCUUGCCAAAGCGCAAGAGGAGGUCGAGCGCGAGAUUGGGAGGCAGUUGUCAGAAGCACAGCAGGACUUGAAGCACUUUGCCAGCAGUUUGCGCGAGACAUCCGUGCGCGAGGAGGAGAUGCACCGGAACCUGGGUCAACGCCUCCGGCCACUGGAAGAGAGACUCUCUGCCCUGGAGAGCGAGGACGCAGCGGCCGCAAUACGGCGCUUGCGGCGCCAGCUGCAGGAGGACCUGAAUCCCCGGGUGGAGUCUCUGGAGUCCCACAGCAAGUGCAGAGAAGUUCGAAGCGACACGAACGACAGCUUCUGCAGCCUCGCGAAUGAGGGAGCCAGGUGUGAGGAAGAAGCCCCGGAGCUGCCGGAGGCCUUUGCGCAAGCCUUGAAGCGCUUGGAGCAUCACGUCUUAGACGAGCUCAGCAAGGUGCACGAACGGUGCGACGCGCUGCAGCUGGCGCCCGCAAAGCUUGCGGCUGCCAGCUGCCCCGAAGAUGGGGCCGAAGAGCUUGCGAGGAAGAUGGAGAGCUGUGAGGAGCGAUAUGAAGACCUCCGGAAACGCUUCGCCGAGCGCUCGGCGGAGCUGGCGGUGCAUGUGCAAGCAGGCUUCGCCGAAGCCAAGGGGCACAUGGAUGUCGUGGUUUCACAACUAGGGCAGCUGGGAGAGCGACUGCGCUGCCAUGAGGCAAGCUCGGGGACGGCCGAUGACAAGGCACAGCUGGCGAAGCGUGUUGAGCGAAUUGAGACCCGGCUGGGUGACCAGGCGCUAGCCGCUGGUAACUUCAAGUCGGGCCUUGAAAUGGUGAGGCAGACCAUUGAGAAGCUGAAGACCACCAUCGUGCCUGUACCGGCUGUCCACGCCACGAGCCAGCCUGUAGAGCAGAUCCGCGCUGACUUAAGACAAGUCGAGGCAGAGUUGGUCCAGCUGAAGACCCGCACCGAACACCUGGAGUCCUGUGCGGCGAGGCGACAGCCUCCGGUGGAGAUCCUGCGUGCUGCUGCGUUGACAGACCUUGCGCCCAAGCCAGAGGAAGUGGCUGGCAAGCUUACAGAAUUUCGCCGAACCCUCCUUGAAGCAGAUGCCGAGGAGAUGGGUCAGUCCGAAGAACAUGGUCCAGGCGGCAGCGAGGUGCCCCAUGCUGCCUUCACCACCCUACAGAUCGCCUUAGACAGCUUCGAAGAAGUCCUUCUACAGGCGGAAGCCAGCUGGACACUUCCUUCAGAGCCCAUCGCCCGACAAGUGGGCAUCGGCGAGUGA